AUACACAAAACAUUCACAAAAAGAAGUAUAAAGACUUGCAAAAAGUGAAACCACUGUGAUUAACCCACCAUUUUGACAAAAGUGACCACCAUGGUUGGCCACUCACACUAGUGCUCUCAUUGCCUCUCUAAUGCCUGCUAGUGGUCUUCUUCAACCAUUCACUACCACUCCUUUCUACUAAAUGAUCAAAUACACCAUGAAAUAAGAGAGAAAAAAACAUAUUGAAUGGAUGAUCAGAAAAGAUGGAAAAAGAAGAAGCAAAUUCUAGUAAACCAGUUGUUAGUAGUAUUACAUCUGGUCUUGGUGGUGGUGAUAGGUUGAAAAGAGAUGAAUGGAGUGAAGGAGCAGUUUCAUGUUUACUUGAUGCAUAUGAAACCAAAUGGGUACUGCGGAAUCGAGCUAAACUCAAAGGUCAUGAUUGGGAAGAUGUAGCACGUCAUGUAUCUUCAAGAGCUAACUCAACAAAAGCACCAAAAACACAAACACAGUGUAAAAACAAGAUUGAAUCCAUGAAGAAACGGUAUCGAUCUGAAUCGUCUUCGAACGAUCCUUCUUCUUGGCCGUUAUUUCAACGUCUCGAUCUUUUGCUUCGUUGUAGGACAGCAACAACAACAUCACCAACAGAUAAUUGUCCUACUUCUUCCACUACUGCUACUGCUACAAUUCUUAAUGCUCCUCUUCUUCUUCUUGACCCGCCACCAGCAGCGCCACAACCACCACCGCCGCCGCCACCACCAUUGGUCGUCCCUAUUCAUUCUCUUCCUCAUCCAAAUAUUGGCGGAAGUUUCCUAGACUCUCAUGAAUCAAACGAUGCCGUCCGCGAGGCAAGCAAGGAAGAUGAUUUGAGAGCCAAGAAGAUAGUCGAGAACGGUUCAGCAAAGACAUCCAUGGAAACGGGGAGUACUAGUGGGAGCACACCAGUUUCUGAGACAAUCAAAGAGAAAUUGAAGAUGAAGGAAAUUAAGCUUGAGAAGAAUAAAAAGAAGAGGAAUAAGAGACGGCGCGGGCGAGGUGAAGAAUGGGAAGUGGCAGAGAGUAUUAGAUGGUUAGCAGAGGUAGUAAUGAGAUCAGAGCAAGCAAGGAUGGAGACAAUGAAAGAAGUAGAGAAGAUGAGAAUGGAAGCAGAGGCUAAGAAAGGUGAAAUGGAUCUUAAAAGAACUGAAAUCAUGGCAAAUACACAGUUGCAAAUCGCUAAGAUAUUAGCAAGUAAUGGUAAAGAUAUUGAUUCUUCAUUGAGAAUCGGAAGAAGUUAACCGGAAAAAUACCAUGAUCUUUAUUUUUGGUCUACAAAUAAUUUGGUGCCCACCGGUUUCAAACUCACUCACACGAAUUUACCACUCUAUUACAGUGACAUCGACUUACUAUAUUUCGGUUUAUCUGUUAAUUAGAAAGUUAUGUAUGAUUCUAUAAUUUUUGCACCUUAUAUCAAAUACUCUAUCAGUUCAUCUCAU